GGAAGCUGGUGGGCAGAUACUAUGAUGAAGAGGGGGCACCGACAGAAGCCUUGAGGCAGGCUGAGGCUGCCAUUGAGGAGGCUCUGAAGCUCCAAGCAGAAAGCGAGGAGGAGAAGCAGCAGUUCCCAGCCUGCAACUCUGAAUGGAGCUCUGCCAAGGGCAGCAGGUUCUGGUGCUCCACACAGAGGAGCUCGGGCCCCCCUGGGGGGCAGCCAGCCCCCCAGCAUGGCCAGGGGGGCCACCUGGCCCACCCCCAGCUGCAGGAGUACGAGGGCUGCCACCCCCUGGCCCAGCAGUGCUUCCUGCCCCCCUGA